ACUUUGACGACCGGUUUCGAUCUCUACAAUAUACAGAUCAUCUUCAGGUCGGCGUUACAAGUAGUUAAAUGCUACAAUAAGAGAAAACUUGUGUUAGACCAGUGUCUGAUUGAAGAGAUGUUAAUAGAAAGCCAAAUUUAAAAAUUUUUUAUAAAAUUUUUUGAAAUAAAGGUUUGCAACUGUUGACAUUUCAGAAUAUUGGUAUAUACAAAGUCAAACCUAUGAGUAAAAAUGCUCAUAGGCAUGUAUGUGCAAAUGGGUGCAUACAGUUUGAAUUUGUUGAGAUUAAAAUUUUUAACCAUUAAAAAACAAAAUAAACAUAAACUGACUUAAAUAUGCUUCCAAAUUCAAAGUAGUAAUAAUAAAAAAUAAAAGAGAUAGUAAUAUUGUUCUAAUCUACUUACAUGCCGUUACAAGGAUUGCGUUGCAACUUAGUUGUUGUCAUAUUAGUACGUCCAAAUUAUGCUAAUUGGUUUGUUGGGAUAGUGAUAGGGUAAACAGACAUGUUACGUAGGUUAAAACACAGUAAGAUUUCAAAUUUGGAAUUGAUCCUGAAGGAAGAUGCGUAUGUGAAACGGGUGAUGUUUUGUUCGAAUGGAGAAAGACAAUGCUCCAGGAGUUGCGUAUUAAUUGUAGCAAAGUAUGAAAUGUUAUUCUAGGAUCUUGUACAAAUGUGAUGGUCUAAGCUCGUAGAUGUUAUACGAUGCGGGCAGAGGUCAAAGUAUAGGACAUGACAAAUAGGAAAUUGUUGUCAUAAAUUAAUACAAUUUAAGAUAUGUUGUUCUCAGUAAAUUAACUGAGGGAUGUCAUAAGUAUAAUAAUAUCAUAAUAUUAUGAAGUAGUAAGUGCCAUACACUAUGAAACUAUGAAGUGUAUAGAAAUAAAGGGAAACUAGUUAGUUAAAUGAAAAAAUUAUUAUCAAAACAUCGGUUAAGAAACUGUAAAUUGAAAAAUUUUAAAAAGGUAAGAAAUUGAUAAAAUUAAAGAAUAUUUUGUUUGAGCUAUUGUAUAAUGGGAUAUGUACAAAGAAAAAGAAAGAAACGAAAUAUUAAUGGAAGGGUGUAGGCACUUACUUGAGAAUAGUUUUUAACUAAAUAAAUAAAUUAACACAUAACACAUAGGGUUUAAAAGCACAAAGACAUAACAAUUAUUGGUAAAAAGUUUUUUAAGGGAGGUAGCACUACAUUUCCCCAAUUACUAUUUAACUUAGUUUUUACUUCCUAAAUUGAAGUCUAGUUUUUGUGUUUUCAAGAGGGAAUAUUGACAGUGUAGACAGAUGUAGGUUAUCUGAAAUGUCAAAACACUUCUUCUCAAAUGUUGUACAGUAAUUGCCUAUUUUAAUUAAAUCUCUUAGUAACAUAAAGUAUACAGCAUUUUCAAAUUUUACAAAAAAGAUAGUUGUUAAUUUAUAGCAUUAAUAACAAAAUCUAAACUAUAUGUGUAACCACUAUUGUGAAAAAAUGUUGUAACAAUAAUAAAAGUACAUGAUUAAAAGAUAACAGAUGUAUUAUUCUACAUUAGUAUUCAAGUAGAGAAGAAUUAAAGUAGAGAAGAAGUGUUGAGUUUAAGUGUAAGUAGGCAGUGCAUAAUCUAACGUACAAGCAUAUCACCUGUUGCAUAAUUGUAGAUGAGUAAGAUAAAUUGAUUAGCCUAGUCUAUUUAAAUUUAGUAAAUGAAAACAGAUAUAAAACGUGAAAGUUAUAACAAAGAAAAAGAAAAAUAAAAGAAAGUUGGUUGGUAGUAUUGUUAAUAUUGCAGUCGUGGCAAUGCCACGUCAACGAGGUCAGAGGAAACGGAAUGUUUAAUGACAGGUGUGUAGAGGGAGGUAGGGGGGGGGUGUUAAUUUAAAAGAGAACCUAAAGUUUGUUUAAAUCCUAUUUGUAUGUAAGUAUUGGUGCCAACCAACUUCCUCAUGCGCCAUAAAUGUUGUAGGUUACAUUUUUAUAUCACCACGUGGAGAAGUGCAGAUGGUAAUUGAUUGUCCAGUAAUGAAGCUAAGAUGGGAAAAUUGGCUGUGUACUGAGCUACAAAAUCAUCAAAUUCUACAGGAAACGAACAAUGGAGAAUGGAUUUGAAUAAAAUUAAAAUUAGCGGGAUUUUGGAAAUUAAGAGUUAUUCAGGACGUGGCCCUUUUUGCAGAUGUGAAGAAUUUUGAAAUCAAUGUCCGGAUUGAAAUUAUGGUUGGAGUUACGGAUAUGUUGGGAAAAAUGAGAUUGUCCAGAUGUUGGGCGCUGUAUGUAUCUAAGAUGUUCCUUCAAUCUGGUGUCGAACGAUCUAAAGGUUCUUCCGACGUAAUAUGACGAGCAGGUAUGGCAUUUAAGCUCAUAAACUCCACAACACUCAGAUCUAUCACGACUGUCCUUGUUAUUCAAGAAAACCAAACCUAAAUUUGAAUUAGUUCUAAAAGAAAUAUUACAGUAAUCUUUAAAAAUAUGAGCUAAUUUGUAAGAGAAUUGACCUGUAAAUGUUAAUGAUCUAUAUGGUUUUGGCUCCUGUUCGACUAGAAUAGGCUGUGUAUAUACUCGAUGUUCUAAAAUUCUAUUUGUUUUUUGUGUAAAAUUUUAUUUACUAAGUCCACAGUAUAACCAUUAUUAACUGCUAUUUGUUGGAUAAUUUUUAAUUCUUUGUUAAAUGAAGUUGUAGUCAAUGGGAUAGAGACAAGCCUGUUGAUGUAACUAUAAAAAGCAGCCAGUUUAUGUUGUAUGGGGUGGUGUGAAUCGGCAGGGAUAACUGUACCUGUAUGGGUUGGUUUUCUAUAAAUACCAAAGUCAAUCGUUCCAUUUCUGAGUGUCAAUGUAAGAUCUAAAAAGUUCAAACUCUUUGAGUCAUUCUGAAUCUCUAAAGUAAAUUUAAUAGUGUCAUGUAAAGUAUUGAGGAAAUCUAAGAAAUCGUGAAGAAUGUCAAUUGUGCCAUUCCAUAUUAUUAAAGUAUCGUCAACAUACCUAGCGUAAAAUUUAAUAUAAUCUGUAAAUGGAUUAUUUUUCACUAUUUUAUUAGAUUCCAAGUCAUUUAGAAAAAUAUCAUGGGACUAUUAAUUUUCAUAGGAGUAGACAAUAUAGGAAACUUCAUGAUAAGAUCAAGAAACUUAAAUUUAUAACACAUAGAGUAAAUAACAAUAUUAUUUUGUCAAAUCAAUCUGUGUUUUCACAACUUAACAAUGACCAACUUGUGGUGGAUAGUAACAGUAUUGGCUCUUAUAUUGUAACACCUUCUAAUUUUACAAAUUCUGAUUUGUAUACUUCUGAACGAUUAUUAAACGUUACUACCAAUACUAGUCUUAGUGAUCUUCCUGAUCAAACUCAUAGUAUUAAUACAUCUAUAUCUUCUGACCCAGACAACAUUUUCGAUGGCUCUGAGCAACAUACAUUCUACACCCCUUUCAUAAAUUACUCUAACGUAGUAUUUUCGAAUAAUGAACUGUCUCUACUCCAAAAAGGUUUCAAAUUCAAUCCCCCCCAAUCUUCUAAAAAACAACAACUUAGAAAUCUAGAACUACUCGGAGUUGAGAGUGAAAGUAUCUUACAAUCAAUACCACUGGAAAACACAGAAGAAAUUAGGAGCAGUUUGAAAGUAUUACUGAAAAAAGAAAAGGAGGCUAUUUGUAACAACAGAAAGGGCUAUCACAGAAACCCUCUCAAUGAAUAUAAGGACACCAUUAAAUCAAUUGAUAAGAAAAUUAGUGAAAAUAACCUUACAGUCACUAAAGCAGAUAAAGGCAGCACUGUAGUUGUCUUACACACCCAAGACUACCAUCAAAAAGUCACUAAUUUUAUACUAGAUAACCAAUUUCUAACAAAAUCUGUCAAUAUUAAUACUUUCACUACUAAAGUUAGAACAGCCAUCAAUAAAAUCACUGAAGUUUUUGAUAAUACUACUAAAAAGAAACUUUUACCAUCUAAAGCAAACGUUCCCAGACUCUAUGGUCUCAUGAAAAUACACAAGACUGAUGUCUUUGAAAACAUACCAAUCAGACCAGUGGUAUCCUUUACUGAUUCUCCCACUCAUGCAUUAGCUUCUCACUUAAACAAAUUCCUUAAAACCUUUUACAACAAUAAAUUCGAUUAUGUAGUCUCUAACAACUUAAGUUUGACAAAUAAAAUUACAGAAGUUAAUCUUAGUAAUGAAGAUUUAUUGAUUUCCUUAGACAUAACUAAUCUCUUUACUAACAUUCCAACACACGAAGUUAUCAGUAUUGUUGCUUUAGACUUGUGGAAUAAUAAUUACCAUCCUAAUCAAAUUAUUGAGUAUACAGAGCUUUUGAAUUUGUGUCUGAGUCAGAAUUUCUUUAAUUUCAACAACACCACAUAUGUGCAACCGGACGGACUAGCUAUGGGAUCUCCUCUUUCACCGAUAUUAGCUGAUAUUUUUCUAAAUGACUUGGAAUCUAAUAAAAUAGUGAAAAAUAAUCCAUUUACAGAUUAUAUUAAAUUUUACGCUAGGUAUGUUGACGAUACUUUAAUAAUAUGGAAUGGCACAAUUGACAUUCUUCACGAUUUCUUAGAUUUCCUCAAUACUUUACAUGACACUAUUAAAUUUACUUUAGAGAUUCAGAAUGACUCAAAGAGUUUGAACUUUUUAGAUCUUACAUUGACACUCAGAAAUGGAACGAUUGACUUUGGUAUUUAUAGAAAACCAACCCAUACAGGUACAGUUAUCCCUGCCGAUUCACACCACCCCAUACAACAUAAACUGGCUGCUUUUUAUAGUUACAUCAACAGGCUUGUCUCUAUCCCAUUGACUACAACUUCAUUUAACAAAGAAUUAAAAAUUAUCCAACAAAUAGCAGUUAAUAAUGGUUAUACUGUGGACUUAGUAAAUAAAAUUUUACACAAAAAAACAAAUAGAAUUUUAGAACAUCGAGUAUAUACACAGCCUAUUCUAGUCGAACAGGAGCCAAAACCAUAUAGAUCAUUAACAUUUACAGGUCAAUUCUCUUACAAAUUAGCUCAUAUUUUUAAAGAUUACUGUAAUAUUUCUUUUAGAACUAAUUCAAAUUUAGGUUUGGUUUUCUUGAAUAACAAGGACAGUCGUGAUAGAUCUGAGUGUUGUGGAGUUUAUGAGCUUAAAUGCCAUACCUGCUCGUCAUAUUACGUCGGAAGAACCUUUAGAUCGUUCGACACCAGAUUGAAGGAACAUCUUAGAUACAUACAGCGCCCAACAUCUGGACAAUCUCAUUUUUCCCAACAUAUCCGUAACUCCAACCAUAAUUUCAAUCCGGACAUUGAUUUCAAAAUUCUUCACAUCUGCAAAAAGGGCCACGUCCUGAAUAACCUGGAACAUUUUGAGAUUUUAAAAUCUUUAAAGGACCCUACUAGACAUACAUUGAAUGCCCAAUUAGAGCUUGAAUUUAUACCAGCUUAUUCAGUUUUACUAUAAAAUAACCCACUCUUACUACAGUACACAACCCGACAUCUAAUUAAAAGUUCAAACCUGCAAAAUCUAAAAUUUUAUUUCAAAUCUAUCUUUCAAUAUACAUACACCAACAGCAGUUAUCGUACCCGCCUUUUCAUUCAAACUACUCCAUAGUUCCAACUCACAAUCUUAUACACACUCUUACAAAAUUUUUUUAAAAAGUUACAACAACUACUCACUCUUAAUUUCCAAAAUCCCGCUAAUUUUAAUUUUAUUCAAAUCCAUUCUCCAUUGUUCGUUUCCUGUAGAAUUUGAUGAUUUUGUAGCUCAGUACACAGCCAAUUUUCCCAUCUUAGCUUCAUUACUGGACAAUCAAUUACCAUCUGCACUUCUCCACGUGGUGAUAUAAAAAUGUAACCUACAACUUUUUUAAAAUGUCAGAAAAUUUGCUGGUAUGGCAUUUGAGCUCAUUCUGUUAAUAUCUCAUAGUUGCCUGACCGUUUGAACAUUUAAUACGGAGUCUGAUCAGUGCAAUAUUCUUAAACAUUAAACACGUGUUUCUCAAUAUAAAAAUGUCACCCUAAAUUAUUUGUAAUUCACUAAGACUACACAUUUUAUAUUAUAGCUUUAUAAAUUUAAUAAGUUCCGAUAUGGAAGUGCAUGAUCAUUUUGUACAAGUUAUCAAAACCUUUUAAUCUAUUAAAUACUUUAAAUUUAUAACUUACCAUUUAUGGCGCAUGAGGAAGUUGGUUGGCACCAAUACUUACAUACAAAUAGGAUUUAAACAAACUUUAGGUUCUCUUUUAAAUUAACACCCCCCCCCCUACCUCCCUCUACACACCUGUCAUUAAACAUUCCGUUUCCUCUGACCUCGUUGACGUGGCAUUGCCACGACUGCAAUAUUAACAAUACUACCAACCAACUUUCUUUUAUUUUUCUUUUUCUUUGUUAUAACUUUCACGUUUUAUAUCUGUUUUCAUUUACUAAAUUUAAAUAGACUAGGCUAAUCAAUUUAUCUUACUCAUCUACAAUUAUGCAACAGGUGAUAUGCUUGUACGUUAGAUUAUGCACUGCCUACUUACACUUAAACUCAACACUUCUUCUCUACUUUAAUUCUUCUCUACUUGAAUACUAAUGUAGAAUAAUACAUCUGUUAUCUUUUAAUCAUGUACUUUUAUUAUUGUUACAACAUUUUUUCACAAUAGUGGUUACACAUAUAGUUUAGAUUUUGUUAUUAAUGCUAUAAAUUAACAACUAUCUUUUUUGUAAAAUUUGAAAAUGCUGUAUACUUUAUGUUACUAAGAGAUUUAAUUAAAAUAGGCAAUUACUGUACAACAUUUGAGAAGAAGUGUUUUGACAUUUCAGAUAACCUACAUCUGUCUACACUGUCAAUAUUCCCUCUUGAAAACACAAAAACUAGACUUCAAUUUAGGAAGUAAAAACUAAGUUAAAUAGUAAUUGGGGAAAUGUAGUGCUA